AUGCCACCUUCAUCACCCCCCGGUUCUCUUUCAAACCCCAUACAAAUUGAUGAUGAGUCCGACUGUGACGUCGGCAGACCCUAUGGACACCACAGAAAGAGCCCAGCUGCGUACACAUCGCGAGGGCAGAGCAUUGUCAGCGACAACAGUUCUACGAUCACUGAUGGGAGCGAGACUGUUGUCAACGACCCCGAUGCUCAGUGCUUUUUGAGAUCGCUAAGCCCGAGAUCCGCCAUAAGUAUACAGAGAGCAUCAAGCAAUCGGGUUGGCAGUCCGGCAAGUCGAGAAGCUGUUCCAGAAGUGAUCGACCUCACCGAUGAUCUAGAUGAUCUGGACAGACCCUUUCAACCGGGAGAAUACCUUACCGAUGCGCGGGUUUCAAGGGCAGCAAGGACCACUGUCAUAACUGACUCCCCUGAGGCCAGCCCUUUUCGGGGACCAGAAGGUGAGCCGCAAGUGACCCCCUUCUUUUGGGACCAGGGCUCGUGCUAUAGUGCGGGUCAGUCAGUUGAGCUCCAUGACGGCACGUUCCUACGGAUUAUCCACAUCUUCCAAGAACGUUCUGGACGCGUGUUCCUCAAUGGACAGCGGUUCAGGAGACUGGAGACUAUGGAUUCGCGACACCCGAAGUGGGUGAACGAGCUCUGCUGGAUUAUCAGCGAGCACCCGGAGAGCCAUGUUCACGAGGAUGUGCCACUUGGGAGGGUGAAGCGCUUCAGGGUGCUCCAUCUUACCAAUGCACGAUACCCAUGUAACAGCUCUAUGAGGAGACGUGGCGAGCUCUACUGCCGCCUCAAAGAGACGACAGUCGCGGGGAAAAGCAACACAGAAACAGGUGAAGGGGCUAUCGAAUAUCUAUCAGCAACAGAGGCAGACGACGGGUACAGUGUGCCUCACCAUGUUCUGAGACGAAACUGGAGAGGCGACCCGGAACCAUUUGGAAGUGCCAAGAAAGCUCGCUAUAGCGCAAAUACGGUGAUCGAUCUUGAAGGACCGGUUGCUGUUGACUUGACUCAGCCAUCCAAUGGCGUCGGACGGACCAAGGACUCCAGGCAAUAUACCUUCGGCGAUGGGUUUUGUGGAGCAGGAGGUGUAUCGCGAGGCGCGGUGGAAGCCGGGCUAUCGAUCAAAUGGGCAUUCGACAAGAGCCACCAUGCGAUUGAGUCGUACGGACCCAACUUCCCGGAUGUUGUCUGUGAGGUCGCUGAUGUGACCAACUUCUUGACCAACCAUCCCAGCGAGCUCAAAGUGGACGUCAGCCAUGGAUCCCCGCCCUGCCAGACAUUCUCCCCGGCGCAUACCAUCAACGGUCGCAACGAUGACGCCAAUUCUGCCUGCAUAUUUUCUUGUCGGGAUAUAAUCGAGAGGUCGAAGCCUCGCAUACACACCAUGGAGGAGACCUCGGGACUAUCCGAGCGGCAUCGGGAAACCUUCUUCGCGGUCAUCCAGGACUUUGUUGAGAUCGGGUAUUCUGUGCGUUGUGGAGUGUUAGACUGUUCGCAGUAUGGUGUGCCGCAAAGUCGCAAGAGGCUGUUCAUCAUUGCAUCUGGGCCCGGGGAGGACUUGCCCCAAUUUCCUCGCCCUACCCACGGGGACAGAAACUCUAGACUGCUGCCAUACACAACCAUCGAGACGAUGAUCUCUCGAAUUCCUCGAGAUGCUCCUGAUCAUGAUGUGAUGGGAGCUCUGGAGCGUGGUCGUCGCAACGGUUUCAAGCGUCCCUUCGACCCUCGCACCCAGGCCAGGACGAUCACAUGCGGCGGCGGCGAGAACAACCACCAUCCCAGUGGAAAACGGGGGUUCACGAACCGAGAGUUUGCCUGCCUGCAGACGUUUCCGUUGAACCACCAUUUCGGACCGAGAGAGGUGCGCAAGCAGAUUGGCAACGCGGUGCCGCCUGCCGUCGCCAGAGCGCUUUAUCGGGAGAUCAUCAAGUCACUCCGGCGGACCGAUGAGGCUGAAUUACAAGUAGCGGCAUCGGAGCAAUCGAUGCACUGCUAG